UGAACCCAUGUCCCCUGCAUCGGCAGGCGGACUCUCAACCACUGCGCCACCAGGGAAGCCCCCAGAAACUUAGUUUUUAAAAUAAAUGUUAACAUUUUUUACUUCAGUUUUACUCUUGCAAAAUAUCCUUUUUAGACUUCCAGUUUUAAUUUUGUCAUUUCUGGUAAAUCUGUUUCCUUCAGUUAGAAAUAUAUACUCUUCCUUUGUUAGGAAUAUAUACCUUUUUCCUUGUAGAAUAGAAAUCUUACUCUGAAAUUGUAUAGACUAAAAACAGUAGAAAAGAAUCUAAAAUGAAAUCAGUUUGUUUUUGCCAUUAACAAGUAGAAUAGUGAUACAAUUUACUGCCAUUACAAUUAUGAUCAGUAGGAACUGCCUUUUUCUCAUUUCUAGCAAUCAUUCUCCAAGUACCAACAGUAGAAAGUAACAGGAGAGCCUGGCAGAGGCAAAUAUAUUGGACAUUCAUUGGUCAUACUUAUUUAUAAACUGCAAUGAGAACUAGCUGAUUUCCUUAAAACAAAUCUUUUAGUAUCCAAAUAUAUAAUAUCAGCCACUGUGGGUUGAUUCAGAAACAAAAUCUGGCAUCUAGUGAUUUGGGGUACCAUCUAUUUAGGAAGAUGAAACAUGAUUAUUCAAAUAGUCUUCCAGUACUGCAUUUGACUUCAUAUCAACCUAGUAAUAAAGGGGUUGCAAUAGCCAAGUGUGGAGAGACAAGUGAAACAUUGUUUUUGCUCAUUUAAGCCUUAUACAGUAGUACACUGUACAAAUGUUAUUAUAAAUUAAUGUUUAGUAGUCGGACUUACUUUUCCACUCUAUGUAGAUAGGAGUUUCUUAUCACUGUGCCAGAAUCUCAGGUGCCUGCUUCUGAGUAUUCCUUUAAACAGAGGUAUUGGGAAGUAAGGAAAUAUGUAUGUGUAUAUAUAUGGUAACAAAGUAGAGACAUUCUCCCAGGGAGAGGCCUGGCAUUGUGCAUGGUGUUACAUGGCUGCAAAAAGGGAAACACCAGAGCAUGUGAGAAAUAACUGACUUAAUAAAAAGCUGCUUUGAUUCGUUUGGUUCCCAGGAGCGUUAGUAAGAUGCCUUUUAUAAAAUAAGGAUCAAAUCUUGGUUUUACAACAUAGUUUGCUUAUAAAUGUCUAUUGGAUUCUUUCCAGAUUUCUUAAUUUGUAAAUAACCAGGAUAAUGAUUUCCCCCCCUGCUCUUCAUACAGAGAUAUAAAGCAGAAGUUGGUUUUCUCAUCUGCUGAUGAAAGCAUAAAAUAUAAAGUAGUAAGUUAACAUAGUGUUGUCACAAAGCUUUGGUUAAAUGUUGAUAGGAAGCAAGUUUUAGUAAUUCUUUUAAAUGACGGUGUAAUGAUGGUGGAGAGAAAUUAAUAACAGAAUGAAAAUCUUUCCAUUAGCUGUAGGUGGUGCUACUGGCUUUCAUUUACUGGCUUGAUUAUUCUGUUUACCAUAAAAACCAUGGCACUAGGCUGCACUAAAACAUUAAGUAUGUGUUAGCUUGUAGAGGCUUUGGAGGUCAGUUUACCUUAAAUUGAAAGAUUUUAGAUUGCUAUCUCUUCCUACCUUUGUCAUUUUUAAAUGCUAAAUGUUCAGCAUAAAAUUAAGUAGGAAAAGAUAUGCUUAGUGUAUAAUAUGUCGCAGACUGAGGUACUGCCUGGCUUAUCAGGAAAGAUAAAGCACUACAAUCUCUUAUAUUCAGGAAUUACCGAUAAUGUGGAUAUUUAUAUUUUACAUGUAAGCACCACACUGCAUUUUAUGUAUUAGCAUUUUCCUUGCUUAGGGGAAAAUAGCAAAAUGACAGAUUUCUUUUAUACCUUUGUGUACACCCUCUCUGAGAGAGUUUUUGAUAACCACUGAAAUGGUAAAAUAUGUGAGAUAAAAUUAUUAAGUUGUAGGACUUCCUUUUAAGAUAAAUAUGUCAUACCUUGAACAUCUCAAAUGAGAGUUGAUCUUCAGAGUAGUUUCUUUGGGAGCACUACUUAUUCCAGCUAUGCUGCAAAGGUGUAAUGUUUCUAGAACACUUUCAGCGAUGCCUUGAGAAUUGGUUUGUGACUAUGCAAGAAAAUCUGUUUUAUCAUUUCAGUUGCACCGAAAACUUUUCUGGAAGCUUAAUAUGACCUAUCUCAUUCACCCAAACAACUCUACUUUGGCUGUUUUCUUAGAACUAAACUAUUAAGGAAGUUCAAAAGAAUAUGCCAUAGGCUCUGAAUUUGCAGAAGAGAAUGUUUUGAGCACUGAUUUGUAACAUCAUUUAAUAAAAAAAUAGUUUCCUGAUGUCACUGCUUUGAAGUAGGCAGUAUUGUUUGGAUGUACAAGUUUUAUUUUUUUAAUUUAGUUUAAUUACCUUACAGUUAAAUAUAAUAGUUUAAAAAACCAAAGUCUUUUUCUUAUUUUCUAUUUUUGGUCCAUUUUCCUGAUAACUUUUGGAUUAUAUCUUGAGUACUGUAGGGUAGUUUUGAUUGAAGGUAUAUUAAAAAAAAUGGAUCCAAUAUUUAAGAUAGAAGUAGCUUAAGGAAGCAGCAGGCUUUACCUCCAUGCUUUUUUUUUUUAAACUUAUUUUCACGCAAAUGAACAAUUUGAAUUUAAAGACUGGAGAUCAUUGUAAAAAGAAUUUGGAAUACAGUUUAUAUAUUAAUUAUGCUGAAUUUAAGUCUGUGUGUCACAGUAAAAUAUUUCAAAUUGUAUAAUCAUUUCAUAUGUGAUUUAUAACAUUUUGAAUGUCUUUUUAAAAGAUAUGAGACAAGAAGUAUAUUUGAAAAUGUCACUGCAUACCAAGAGGAAAACUUAACUUAUUUUGAAACUUAUCUGGGAUAUUAAAGAAUAUACCAAUUCCUAGAAACACUAUUCUAGAUCUAUACGGACCGCUCCUAAAAUGAUUUAAAUAUCAGCAUUUUGUCAUAAUAUUAAGUUUCACCAUAGGAAUUACAGUUGUUGAGCUGUCAGUUUAAUGGUAUAUGAGAUAACUGUUUAGAGCUAAAGCUAUUUCAUGAUUUAAUGGAAAAGUUUAAUUUUAAGAUAUAAUAACAAUUCUGACUGCAGACAAUUUGAAUUUUUGAGGCUCUCCUAAUGGGCUAAUUAUAGAGAAAAAUUCAUUUUGAAGGUAUAAAACUGUGCUCCAUGUCUGCCACUUGUAGCUGAACUGAUACUUAAAUUUUGACAAAAGAGAGAAAAUACAGAUUAAAAUACUGAGUACUCUCAGUUUUGCAAGUGUGAUACAAAUUUCCUUUUCUGCAUAUAAUACUACACAAUAGAAAAAUUUGGAUUAGAAUCCUCAAAGAUAGUGAAAUCACUGGCCUUUCCAAGCUUAUGUUUACUUGUCAUCUCCUUCUCCUUGGAGGUAAAUUACUUCCUUACUGGUGUUGACUUUGCAUAUACUCCUCUCUCCCCUAUCUCACAACACACACAGACACACACACACACAGACGAAAAACAAAACAGAUUGAUUAUAUAGGUCCUCACUGUUAGUGAUUCUGAAGUGAUUGCUGUCAAUACAUAGGUUGCACCUGAAGUGUUGGAUGAUACAAUUUACAUAAGCAUUUUUGGUUGGUUUUGGUUGAUAGCUUUCUUUAAACUACAUCACUGAAGCUGAGAUUACUAGAGAUAUAAAUUUAAAUCUUUUAUUAAUAUUUAAUUUCUGUUAUAUAUUAUUAAAUUCUUAUAUGUGUGGGUGUUUCUUACAGGUUUGCAGGUUUUCAUUUUUAUUUUGUUUACUUAAUUGUGCAAGUUGUAAAAUAGAUUCUUGCAUUUUCAUUUUAAGAACACUUUUCUCCUUAAAUUGUUCUGCAGAGAUAACUGUUUUUAGGGGAAAUAGUUUUUUACAGCCACUAAAUUGUAUUUGUUAUUUUUGUACAUGCAUUACUAGGGUGGUAAGGACACUAAUCUUGUGGGGAAAACUUAAAUUUGUUUUAUUUGAACUUUCCCUAUACAUUAUUACUAAAAAUUAUCUAGGAACAGCAUCACGAGAUCUAGGUUGAGAGAGAAUACAAUAAACAUGAGAAUACUUAAAGUUUUAAUAGAAUCAUUUCUGAGGACAAAACCAGAAUACUGCCAGUGCCAUAAAUGGAAGCGUGAGGCAGCAUUCACACUGUGCAACUGUUGCAGAGAAUGAGUAAGACAGGAUCCUGCUCUAAUGGAGAUGGACAAUUUCUCUCUAUUAAAGUAGCUGAAUCUAAAACAUGAAAUGCAACAUGGGGGCUAUAUUGUAAACUGUGCCAAGAUUACUCAAAUUGUAGUUACUUUUGAUCAGACUUCAACUGUUUUCUCGUUUUUGUUUCAAAAGGGGAUACUGAGGGAAUUCCCUGGCAGUUCAGUGGUUAAGACUUGGCGCUUUCACUGCUGGAGGCCGAAGUUCUAUCCCUGGUCAGGGAACUAAGAUCCCACAAACCAUGUAGUGUGGUAAGAACUAAAAAAUAAAAGGGGAUACUGAAUGUCAGAAAAUCUGUAAUAUGUUUUAAUUGAGAGAUGUAAAUAAUGUAUACAGACUUGUAUGUCAUGGGAUUGGAAAUAUUUAAAUUCUAGGGUUUUUUUUCUUUAAAGGAAGAAACUGAAUGUCUAUUUAAAAAAAUAAUAAAUAGUUAUGUUUGGCCAUGAAUCCUGACUUUGCAUUACUGUUUAUUUUUGCUGUAGGUGUUCCCACACUGUACAGAUUCCUAGAGAAAUAUUGAAGAGUUCCCCAUGGAAUCACAUUUUGAUUUCUGCCUUCUAUUUCUGAGAACAGAUUCACCAUUUACCGCCUUCUUCUUACUCCACCUUUUGAUGCAUUUCAGGUCUGAUGUUGGUUGUAAGCUGCAGCCGCGCGCCAAAAUCAAACCCGGGUACCCGCUGGCCAGAGAGUCUGCCGUUCAAGGCGAGCUCCGCGGCGGCGGCGGCGGCGGCCCAGUCGCGCACACCUUUGACCACCUCCCAGCGCUCCCUGCCCGACGCGCUCGGGGCCGCCACAAGACGAGGCAUGGCCACCCCACCCAAGAGGAGCUGCCCAUCUCCCGCAGCCAGCUCUGAGGGGACCCGCAUCAAGAAAAUUUCCAUCGAAGGGAACAUCGCUGCCGGGAAGUCAACAUUUGUGAAUAUCCUUAAACAAGUCUGUGAGGAUUGGGAAGUGGUUCCUGAACCUGUUGCCAGGUGGUGCAAUGUUCAGAGUACUCAGGAUGAAUUUGAGGAACUGACAACGUCUCAGAAAAGUGGUGGGAAUGUUCUUCAGAUGAUGUAUGAGAAACCUGAACGGUGGUCUUUCACCUUCCAGUCAUAUGCCUGCCUCAGUCGAAUACGAGCUCAGCUUGCUGCUCUCAAUGGCAAGCUCAAAGAUGCAGAGAAACCUGUAUUAUUUUUUGAACGAUCUGUGUACAGUGACAGGUAUAUUUUUGCAUCUAAUUUGUAUGAAUCUGACUGCAUGAAUGAAACAGAGUGGACCAUUUAUCAAGACUGGCAUGACUGGAUGAAUAACCAGUUUGGCCAAAGCCUUGAACUGGAUGGAAUCAUUUAUCUUCGAGCCACUCCAGAGAAAUGCUUGAAUAGAAUAUAUUUACGGGGAAGAAAUGAAGAACAAGGCAUUCCUCUUGAAUACUUAGAGAAGCUUCACUAUAAGCAUGAAAGCUGGCUCCUGCAUAGAACAGUAAAAACCAACUUUGAUUAUCUACAAGAAGUGCCUAUCUUAACACUGGAUGUUAAUGAAGACUUUAAAGACAAACAUGACAGUCUGGUUGAAAAGGUAAAAGAAUUUUUGAGCACUUUGUGAUCUUGCUGAAGACUGCAGGCAGCCAAAUGAUUGCACAUACUUCAGCUUUGUGUAUCUUCAUAGGUCCAUAUUCAUACAAGUCUCUCUUCUAAACCCAAGUUUUUAACUAUUUUUGUUUCAAGAAAAAAAUUUUUUUUAAUGAAUCCUAUAUAAAAGUUUAUAGCUAGUUUUUCUUUUUUCCUUUUCUUUUUUUUCUUCUUUUCUUUUUUGGGGCUUUAAAAAAAGAAAGACAUUUAAGUAUCCCUUACAACAAGAAGCCUGGGGGUAGAUGGUUCCCGAAUCAUUAUAGUGGCUAAGCUGCAUCAUAAAGGACCCAGCCUCCUUCUGUCUUUCUCCUCUAUUAUCCUCCUCAGCCGGUUGACUUUUUUUUUUUUUUCUGGUGCUUCUCAUCUCACUGACCAAUUUCUUAACUACAGACUUUAAUGUUACAUAGUAAAUGGUAAUGUGUCCUGUGUAAAUUAGUGUACCUGUUAAAAAUUGAAAAGUGGAAUUUAAGGAAUCCCUAGAAAGAGUAUGAUGAGGUUUUAUUUUAAAUACUUUUGAUCAGGUGCCUUCCCUUCUACCUUAAUUUAUGUGGAAGAUAAGACCAGGUUUAGUAUUUAAUUACUUCACUGAUUUAUUAAUGUGUCUAUAAUACAUUUGUAGAGAAGCAGGUUAGACUUUGUUCCCGGUUUGUAAUGGCAUAACUUAUAAAUCAUUUAAUCUUUUUCCUGCCUUUGUUUCUACAUCUGUGGUAUGAGUGAGGCUUCAUCUUUUGCAUGGGAUUUUGUAGGAUUAAAGAGAAAAUGUUUCUAUACUUAAAAGAUAACUGAAGAUUAUUACAUGAAUAGAAAGAUUGAAUUCAUUUGGAACUUAAAUAGCUACCUGCUUUUUCCCUUCUCAGACCAUUCUUUUAGAAUGGAGUAUUACUACUAUAGUUAAAAGAUUGGCUUAAUCUAUGAUUGUCUUUAAGUCAUUUGAGGUGGAAUUAUAGUUUUCCUUAAUUUCUUCCCAUUUUUAUAGGUCAAAUGUUAGUGGGACAUAGUGAGGGAUACAUUUUUCCAUUUUAUUUUUUAUUGAUACUAUACUGGGAAUGAGUAGUCUUUCUUUAUACUUGGUGAGCUGUCAAAAGGGAAACUGAAGACAAGGUAGAUUUUCUUCUUAGCAGUUAAGUCUGUUUAGUUAGUCCCAGCUCUUAUUUCCUGCCUCCUACUUUCCCUACUGUCUCGAUUAAUUAGGCAGCCUACUAUUUAAAGUUUUAUUUAAAAGUAAAUAAAAGUCACACAUUUCUACUUUGAGAACAUCAUCAUCACUUUUCACUUCAUAGUUUGCUUUGCUUCUCUGUUGGAUUAUACCUGAAGUAUUUUUCCCCCUCCUUUAAGAGAAAUUACUGAUAAAAAUGAUCUUGCUUUAUGUUAUAUAUCUUGAAAGCAUUAUCAUUUUUUGUUGAUUAUAUGUUAGUAAAUACAUAUAUUAAUAAAGAAGGCAAGGGGUAAAAUAGUUGUAAUUUAAAAAAUCUGCAUGGGUUCAUUUUAGGUCUGUAUGUAUAGAUUUAAGUCUGUACGUAUAGAUUUCUUUCAACUUUGUGUAGUUAAGGUGUGCAGUGUGCAGUGUGUUUUCUUUGUAUUUAACCUUUCUACUUGACAUUUUAGAAAAAUUCUGUGGCUUUUAAUGAGAGGAAGAGUUACUUUUACUUUGAAACUAUCAUUUUCCUUUUUAAAAUAUCAUUUCUUGUUUUUGGUUUCUUGAUAUUCAAAGAUGAUAAUUUAGUGAGUUAAACAGUUUAGAUGCACUGAUCUUUGAAAAAGAGACUGUUUCAAAUCUGUAAUUACCAUAAAUAUUUAAAUUGUCUCAUGAUAUUGUAUAGAUUUGUUUUUGUUUGAUAUAAAUGAAUUUGUUACUAAAUUAAAUAUUUGCUUAAUAAAUAAGUAAAAAUAUCAUGAACUCUAAUG